AUGAAUCCCGACGCGUGUGAUCCGUUAGCCCAUACUAGCAUGUACCAGCGGGCUGAAGAAGAUAGCGAUGACAGUGAUGGAGAAGGAGGACUAGGAAAUGUGAGCCGGGUCAUCGUUAGACCUCCUGGACACAGUGGGAAGGCAAAACGUGGCCACCUGUGUUUCGAUGCCGCCUUCGAGACGGGGAACCUGGGCCGGGUGGAUCUGGUCGGAGAGUUCGAGUACGAUCUGUUCCUGCGACCGGACACGUGCAAUCCACGGUACCGGUUCUGGUUCAACUUUACCGUCGACAACGUGAAGCAGGAUCAACGGGUGAUCUUCAACAUCGUCAAUAUCAACAAAAGCCGUAAUCUGUUCAAGGAUGGCAUGACGCCGUUGGUCAAAUCCACCAGCCGACCGAAAUGGCAACGGUUGCUGCGGUGCGAGGUGUUUUACUACAAAUCGCCCGUCCACCAGAACCAUUACGUGCUGAGCUUUGCCUUCGGUUUCGACAAGGAGGACGAAGUGUACCAGUUCGCGCUUACCUUUCCCUAUUCGUACUCCAAGAUGCAGGCGUACCUGAACGCACUGGAGCUCAAAUUCCCGGAAACUUUCGAGCGAUCUUCCCUCGGAAUGAGUAUCCAAAACCGUAAGCUAGAGUUGGUCACUUUCGAUGAGGUCAAGAAACCGGACAAGGUGGACCAGAAGAACGUGAUCCACAUGGUGGUUAUACUGGCCAGGAUACAUCCCGGGGAAUCGCCGUCCUCGUACGUUGUGCAGGGAUUGAUCGAGUUUCUGGCGGCGGCCACGCAACCGAUCGCAAAAGCUCUGAGAGAGCACGUGGUGUUCAAGAUAGUGCCAAUGCUUAAUCCGGACGGUGUGUUCCUCGGUAACAAUCGGUGCAAUGUGGUGGGCCACGAUCUGAACCGCUCGUGGAACAGACUGUCCCAGUACACCCACCCAACCCUCUCGGCUGUGAUGAAGAUGCUGAAGGAGUACGAUAAUUCUAGCGUGAGAACUAAUGGCAUCUUCUGGUGGUCAUUAGGAUUACUUGCAUUAAUGUAUCUAUGUAUGUUACCUCGACAGUGUUAUCAGGUGGACUUUGUGAUCGACAUCCAUGCCCAUUCGAGCCUGACCGGCACGUUCAUCUAUGGCAGCACGUACGAUAACGUUUACCGAUACGAGCGGCAUCUCGUCUUCCCGAAACUGUUCGCCACAAAGUGCGAAGACUUUUGCCAGGAACACAUGAUGUUCAACGCGGACGACCGGAAGUCCGGAACUGCCAGAAGGAAUUUUGUGGAGGCGCUUAGUGAUAAUGUCAACACCUACACUCUGGAGGUGUCCAUGUGCGGUUAUUAUCUGAAUGGGACCAACAUUUUAACCCAGUACACCGAGGAUGGCUAUAUGCGGAUCGGUAGAAAUCUGGCUCGGACCUUUCUCGAGUAUUAUCGCUUCACGAACAUUCUGCCGAUACCACCGAUGGAAGAACUGAGGCCUAGGAAGGGUCGUCCCCGGACACACCGACCUCGGGCACGUUCGAAAACGCGCAGCGAAGUGCGCGUUCGACCGAAGACGACACGUGCCUAUGCACCGAUUAGUUAUACCGAUCUUUCGAUCUGUUACGACAGUGCCACCUCGGAUGAGGGUUCACCGGUUCGGUAUCACAUGUACCACGGGCACGCGGGGGCCUACGGUGGGCUUCGGAUGCGUCCGCAUGCCCAUCAGGAUCAGUUUUCACUGUCCAAUAUUCAAGCCGCACGGUUUAGUAAUCUCGACUUCACCAGCGACUACCGUCUGAAGGUGCCCAAGCUAAAGACUCCAGCGACCGCCGGUGACCAGAAGAUGCCUCCGAUUGAGAUGUUAACUGUGCCACCGAAGCCUCAUCUUACGAUUAUCGAUUUCAAUCAGCUAACACGUGGCGGCUUGGAGGAAGCUACUGCCGCCGGUGGCCGUACGAUCGACCGGGAAAAGGAAAAGAUUCGGCGACACACGUUCAAGUCAUCAUCGAGGAAGGCUUGA